AUGAAAUAUUUAAAUUAUAUUUCAUUUUUUAUAUUAUUUUUUAAUUUAUUUUUUAUAAUAUCCUCAUCUAAUAAUAAUAUAGAUUUAUAUAUAUCAAAUAAUGGCAAUGAUAAUAGUGAAUGUGGUUUAAAUAAAGAAAAUAAAUGUAAAACCAUUAAUUUUGCAAUUAAUAGUGUUUUUAAAAAACUUAAUAAAGAAAACAAUAAAUUACGAUUAUUAUUAGAAAAUGGUGUUUAUGAUAAUAUUGAAUCAUUCAACAUUGAUUUCGAUUUAACAUUAGAGAAAUUAUCAUUCAAAGAAAAACCAAUUUUAAAAUUCAUUGAUGAAGAAGAUCAAGUCACAAUUAGAGAACACGAAGAGGAUGAAGAUAGUACUGAAGACGAUUACUAUUAUGAAGACUAUGAGGAUGAUAUUUUAGAAGAAAUUGAGGAAAACCAAGAUAAAGAGGAUAAAGUUGUUUUAAUUAAGAAAUCAAAUUGCAAUUUGCCAAUGUUCAACAUUUUAUCAGCAAGCAAACAAGUUAGCUUCAAGGGUAUUACAUUUAGAAAUAACCAAGGCUUCAAUUAUUUUAUAGAAUCUUUAAACCAUGAUAGUUUAGCAUUGAAUGUUUUGAAUUGCAAGUUUGAAAAUCAAGAAAAUCAGUUUAUAAAUAUCUUUCAAGAAACUAAUAUCAAUAAUAAUAAAAAUAAUAUUAAACUUUUAAUCAAAAAUUCAAUAUUCAUUGGUAGUCAUAAUAAAGAAAUUCCAAAGUUUAGUGGUUCAAUUAAUUUCAAAUCAAAUCAAUCAUUUGAAACUGCAACAUUUUCAGUAGAGAAUAGUAUUUUCAAAAACAUUAGAGGAUGUCCACUUUAUUUAAAAAACACCAAUAGUGCCGACAUAGAAGGUCGUAAAAAUUUCAAUUUCAACUUAAAGAAUACCAUUUUCAAUAAUAAUAUUCAAUCAAAUAACGGAGGUGCUAUAUCUUUAUCUGGCUUCAAUAAUGCUUCAAUUGAAAACUCUGUUUUCGAAAAUAAUGUUGCAAUUCAACAAGGGGGUUCAAUUUCUAUUUCAAAGGUUACAAAUAUUGAAGUUUUAAACUGUAGAUUCAAUAAAAACAAGUCUGGAAACAAUGGUGGCUCAAUAUUUUUCUACAUUGCUGAGAAUGUUAAAAUUGAAGAUUCUAAAUUUGUCGAAAACCUUGGUUCGUAUGGCGGUUCAAAUUACUUUGAAAACUGCAGUCAAGUAAUAUUAAAAUCAAAUUCCUUUAUUGAUAAUAGAGCUGUUCUUUCUGCUGGAUCUAUUUAUUGUAGAUUUUCAAAUAUUAGUUUAGCCGACUAUGGAAACAAAUUCAAAGGUAACACAAUUAAUAUAGAUAUGGAUAAAAUACAUAGAUCCACUCCACAAGUUUAUAAUGGUUUCGACUGUUAUGCAGAUAAUGCAAAAGGCUCAACCUGCUUUAUUACCGGUGCAAAUGAAACAUUUAUCCAAGAACUUUUACAGCAACCAAACUGUGGUGGUACCUCAAUUUCAUUUUUCAUUUUAGAUAAUAUAGAAUAUAUCAUCCUUUCAAUCAGUUUCUUAUUUAUACCAAUUAUUGUUCUAUUUGUUAAAAUGGCAAAUAAAAGAUCAGAACACUUUAAACAAUUUUUAAUAAGCGAAGAAGAACUAAAUGAACAAGAAUCAAAUGAUAGAGAGAAAAAAAAACAACCACAAAAUAUAAAGAAAAGAAAAUAA